CUGCAUCCUGUAGCUUUCAGCGCUUGUGUGUUUUCCAUCUGCUGUGGAGAUUUUUAUGCUGGAAGUCUGUCUUUAUUUUCAGUGCACUGUUUUUGAAUAUCCACCAGACUUUUCCACAUAUAUCUGUGGAGGCUCUGGUAGGCGUUUCACCGAGAGUCCGAGCUUAGGCAGGCGAGAUUUAACGUUAGCUCGCAGGGUUAGCGCGCCGCUGUGAACCGGAUCCGGACGGAGUUCUUCGUCUCUGAGUCUCAACGCCAACAGGAGUCCCUGGAGUUAUGGCGAGUGAAAAUGCUGAAGCCAACCCCGGGAACGAUGAGGAACCGGGUCCUUCAGCCGAAUCUAACGAGCAUGACUAUGCCCACACUGCGGACGCCAACUUGGGGACCUCUUCCACCGACCCUACGGGAGAGCCCGAGCAGAGCGCCCUCCCCGAGUCCUCCGCCUCCCCGCAAGUGGAGCUUCCCGAACCGGCUGUGGGUGCAGAGGUAGACUGCCCCGGGGGGAAUGAAGUGGAAGCGCAGACCGGAGAAGAUCCCCAGAAGACUGCAGAGUCUGAGUUAGCUGCUCCGGCGUCCCCGGCUGUGCAUCGUGGUGGUCCUCGGCGGGUCAGGCGGCCGGAGGACAAGAACUGCUCCUGUUGCAGGCUCGAGUUCGAGCGGCACGGCCGGUCUUUCAACCGGAGGGCGGUGUACACGUUCACCUCCCCGGAGACUGUGCAUUGGGCCUUCCCGGGCUCCGUGGUCAACGAAAAAUCCUUCCUGUGCGAGACCUGCGCUCAGGUGAUCCGGAGCAAAUGCAAACGCAAACAGAGCGGGAAACGGACCCUGUGGCUGAAGCCUCCUCCGGCUAAACCGUCGCAGGUGAAUAAUAAGAAGGUGGCAGGCUGUAGGAUGGGGAAGAAGAGCAAAGCAGCGCUGCUGGUGAGCAAGUCCAGCUACAAAGCUGCUUUCCAAAUGCUGUGGUCCUCUAAAGGUGCUCGGAAACCCAUGAUGGAGUUCUGGAGCAAGCAGCUGAAAACUGAGAUGAAGAUGCUCUCGCGGCUGUCAGACAACCCCUUCCAUCAGAAGGUGUCGGGGAAGAAGCCACUGUCGUCCUUCCCCUGGCGGCGAUGUCUGAACUGGGUUCAGGAACACGCUCCACUCGUCACCACCUGCCUCCGCUCGCUGUUCCCGGACAUCAACGCCCUGUACAAGAGCAACAGCCAGCUGACGGAGGAGCAGGCCUUCAUGCUGCUAGAGCGCCGGACUGUGGUGGCACUCUCCAUCCCUCUCUUCACCAGGAACAUCUGGAAGAACAACUUCCUGCAGGCUGCUCUGGGGGCCGAGCUCCGCCUGCAGGGCUGCUCUGGCUCCGCCCUCGAAACCCUCAACACCAUGGGGCUGUGCCAGAACAAAGACACCGUCAGGCUGCUGCUGCACAGGCUGCGAAAUGGCAAAGACAUGGAUGGCGACACAGGGAUGAAUGCUAAAGAAGAGCAAAUGAAAGAACAGAUGGGAGACGUGAUGACAGAUGAGGAGGAGGAGGAGGAGGAGGAAGAGGAAGAAGAGAAAGAUGAGGAGGAAGAAGACAAUGAAGAAGAAGAGGAGGAGGAGGAGGAAGAGGAGGAAAUGGUGAUGGCAGUAGAGGAGGAGGUAGUUGAAGAGGAAGUGCAGGAUGGGAUGCAAGAGGAGGGGGAAGAAGAGGAGGAGGAUCGUGCAGCGGAGGAAAAAGAAGAGAAGAAGAGGAAGAAGAAGGCAAAAAAACAGAGGAAAGAGGAGAAGAGGAAGGAGAGAGUGAAACGAAAGGCGAAGGAGAGACAGGAGGAGCCGGAUGAUGAGGACGAUGAUGAUGAAGACUCCGAGCAGAAAAAGAAGAGGGUGGUGGUGGUGAGGCUCGGACUGCUUAAGGGACACUCGGAGGUCGGACGAGCCGACCUAUCGGCUCCCUAAGACUGCAGGCUCCAGACUCAACAGGCCCCACCUCCAAUCAGAGAGCAGCACAGAGGCCCCACCCUCCUCCCUGGCAUGUAUUCAAAGGCAUUCUGGGAACUGUAGGAGGUUAGUAACUGUGGAGGGAAAGUAAUGAGGGCCUCACUUUAAAUUUUCAGUUUCAGUUUGAGCCCAGAAACACAGAAGUUGUUCCAAUACGACUGAGAUUGACAGCUAAACACCCGCAGGCGAUCAAGUAUGAUCGGUCCCCAAAGUUACCAAAUUCAUCUUUUGUUCCACCUUGUAGCAGAUCCAGGAAAAGGAGAAUAAGCGAUCCGGCUGUGAUCACAGAAACAAAGCACAGUUCCACAUGAUGCGCACCCAUUAUGGGAAUAAAGUCAAACUUAGCAACAGAAAGUAAAUGUGAGAAUCAAGUCAUUUUGUUUUGAUUUAUUAGCCAAUCAAACUGAUAUCAGAUCAUGCUUAAAGGUUUCCGCGUUACUCAAAACAUCACGACUAAUUUUCUUUUUUUAAAUCAAUUAAUUAUAAUCUAUAAUUAUUUUUGUAGACUUUAUCCUCAUGACAUUAUGACUUAAUUCUUACAAGAUUUCCUCUUUGAACACUGAGAGUUAAAGUGACCAUAAAAUGUGAGCAGUGCUCAGCUAGUAUGCUUUAUUAACUUGAGUCCUGCUCACCACUAAAUCUGAGAAUGUGCAGGGUAAAAUCUAAACACACACCAAAACUUUCAGAAAGGUGUGAGCAAUUCUCGCCACUGAGUUUUUCUUUAUAAAGUCUGGAUAUUUACUGGAUCUCAAAGCACUUCGCUGUACUUACACAGCUGAUCUUAUACGAAAUCUGCUUUCAAUGGCAUGUAAAAAAAACAAAAAGCAUUGGGGGGGUACGAGCGGCGCUUUUAACUUCGGGGAGCCUGGAUGUCCUCAGACACACCUAUAAUAAAGCCAUCAGUGACUCUCGUGCACUUUGUGUUGAUCGGGCUGUUGGAGUUAUCAGGAGGUGAAAACAGGUUUAUUUUCUAAUCCCGCUACAGUUACACCAUCUUCACUUUUUACAAACUCACAGGAGCAGGAAACGGUGUGAGUUUGAUUCUGAACACUGUGACGUCUCAAACUGUUCAAAGACUGAAGCCCGGAGCUGAGUAGAUGCACACCUGAGAAAAGGACCUGGACUUUAUUUGCUUUAUAAUCUUCAUUUACUUUGUUUGUUGGCCUUAUUGAGCUCAGCUGAAGAGAUCGAAGGCUUCAGGAUGCUUGUUUGAGGCACGGUGAAGCCUUUGAUUCAUGUCGUGCUGAACCGAUGGUAGGGUUGCAGAUUCGGUUGCCUACAGAGGUCGUAACCGUCAUGUUUGGUGUCUGUAUGUUAGGUUUCCAGGAGUUUGCAGACUGUUUAAUCUUUCAGAGCUUUUAGAAAAACUGACUUAAAUCUUGGCAUGACAUGAACACAGCAGAGAAUGUAUAAAAAGUCUUUAAAGAUGUAAAAAUGUAUGAACUGUUGAGGAUUAAUGCCAAAAAAGUUUUUCUUUCCUUGUCUGUAAUUUCAGUGAGGUUUACUAAUAAUUUCCAGAAAAGACGUUCUUAUACUUUGGUCCUGAUUACAGUGAAAAUUCAUAUUGGGCACACUUCUACUUUUUUACUAUAAUUGGAGCCAACGUACGAUGUCCUUUCCAGGAGAUGAGUAUCAAAUUAAAGACCUGUAACAUUUAAGGGUUUUAAAUGAUAUUCUGUUGGUUCAGCUCAGUCAGGAAGCUUUCUGAACCGGACGACUCUGUAAAACGGUUUAUGUAACGAGGUUUUGUCCUUUUGUGUCAGAAAUGUUUUUAUUUUUAUGUUUAAGUUGAGGAUGACUCUGUUUUCUGACUCUUCUCAGAAAACAGAGCUGAGAUUCUGAAACUGAGAUUCUCUUUGCAAACC